UCUCUCUCUCUCUCUCUCUCUCUCUCUCUCUCUCUCUCUCUCUCUCCAUUUUUCAUCUCCAAUGGAGUUGGGUAAUGUUGCUCAGUUUCUUGAGAACAGGAGCAUUUUAGUCACCGGUGCCACUGGCUUUCUGGCAAAGAUAUUUGUGGAGAAGAUACUAAGAGUUCAACCUAAUGUGAAGAAGCUGUAUCUACUUGUAAGAGCUCCAGAUGCCAAGUCUGCAUCUCAAAGGUUUCAUGAUGAGGCCAUAGCAAAGGACUUAUUUAGGGUUCUCAGAGAGAAAAUGGGAGCUGCAAGCUUUCAAACCCUAAUUUCGGAAAAAGUCACUCUUGUCCCUGGUGAUAUCACCUGUGAAAAGUACAUGGGUGUGAAAGACUCUAAUUUGGCAGAAGAAAUGAGGAGAGAGGUUGAUAUUGUGGUUAAUUUAGCUGCAACAACCAACUUUGAUGAAAGAUAUGAUGUUGCAUUCAAUCUCAAUACAAUGGGAGCCAAGAAUGUUUUGGACUUUUCCAAAAUGUGUGCGAAAUUAAAGAUGCUUCUGCACGUAUCUACUGCUUAUGUAUCCGGCGAGAGGGCAGGACUUAUACUCGAAAAACCCUAUUGCAUGGGAGAGACGCUCAACGGGUUAAACUUAGACCUUGACAUGGAGAAGAAAAUCAUGGAGGAGAGAUUGAUUGAACUCCAGGCGAAGGAGGCUACAGAACAAGAAAUUACUCUGGUAAUGAAGGAUUUGGGCAUUCAAAGAACUGUUGAUAGCUUCGUGGUUAGUUAUGGAAAAGGAAGAUUGACGUGCCUCUUGGGUGAUUCACAAUCUAUAUUAGAUAUGAUCCCAGCUGACAUGGUGGUGAAUUCAAUGCUGGUAGCAAUGGCAGCUAAUGCAACUCAUGAUCAGUUGGCAUCAGAUGAUCAUGUGGUGAUCUACCAAGUGGGUUCCUCAGUAUCAAAUCCAAUAAGAUUGAAUUCUGUUCAGGAUUAUGUCCAACUUUAUUUCCAAAAACACCCAUGGAUUGGAAGAGAUGGAAAGGCUGUUAAAGUUGGCAACGUUACUAGGUUAACCUCCAUGGCUAGCUUCCACAGAUACAUGGCCAUUUGGUACUUGCUUCCACUCAAGGGACUACAAUUAGCAAAUACAACAUUUUGCCAUUUUUUCGAAGGAACGUACUCUCAUCUGAGUAGAAAAAUCAUGUUUUUGAUGCGGUUGGUAGAACUCUACAAACCCUACUUGUUCUUCAAGGGCAUGUACGACGAUAUAAACACGGAAAAGUUACGAAUGGCAGCGAGGGAGGGCGGUAUCGAGACCGAUGUGUUUUACUUCGAUCCUAAGAUCAUUGAUUGGGAAGACUACUUCAUGACCACUCACUUUCCUGGGGUUAUAAAAUAUGUAUUCAAGUGAUUAGUUACUACUGUCUACAGAGUGUAUUUUGUGUUGUGGGGUUACACUUCCAUGUCAAAAAAUGGUGUUUUCCAGAUUGUCAGGUUCUUAUUUGGAAUAAGUCUAGAGGCCAAAAAUUCGACUAAGGCUCCGUUGUUGUAAACUUUAUUGUUUGAAACUUUUUCGGUAUUUUUUUACUUUCCGCAUAAUGUAUUAAUCCAGUUGUACUCGUUAUUAUGUUGAAAUUAUCAUAGCUUAAUGAGUUUAGAC